CUCAUUGUCUUACAAUGUACAGUCAACAAUCAGCCCUUCAACUCUGUAAAAGACAAGUACUAUUGUCUUGAAACAGAAAUGCUUUGCUCUAGCACACAACUACCUACUCCCUCUACUGUUUCAAAAGAUAUUAAGAAUAUCUAUAAGGGUCUGUCAAUUCAUGUACACAAUUACUUUAAGGUA